AUGUAUGGGAACACGGAGGAGUACACAGACACCGCCUCAGACGACUCCUACAGGAAGGACAUGCAAAGUGUCUCUUCUGCCGCGGAUGCCGAUCUUGACUGGAUUCCUGGCGAAGAUGAGCAUGAAGAGAGCCACGUGGACCCCGAGGAUUACGAUGGGGGGGAAGAGGAGGGGGAAGAGAUGCCGCAAUUUGUGGCAUCGGCCUUCAGCAAUGUGCUUGUAAGCGACCUGGCGAAUCAUCAGCUACAAGAAGAGAUGAUGGGGCCGGAGCCUCUGCACACGGCAGGUCACACUGGCGAUGACGGCACGGUAGCAAGGACGAAGGUAUGUUGCAUUUGCAGUGACGCUGCCAUGUACACCUGCCCGGGCUGUGGCGUGCGCACGUGCAGCCUCACCUGCGUGCGGGUGCACAAGAAGGACUCUCAGUGUGGCGGCGAACGCGACGUUGCAAAGAAGGUGCCGCUGAGUGCGUUUACUGAUGGACAGCUGCAGCGGGAUUUUCACUUUCUGGAGGAUGUCCGUCGGACCAUCAGUAACUGUCGACGGGGGUUUUCAAAGGUGUGGCACUACACCUUUCGCGCGCUUCCCCCGCCGCUGCACGCACUGCGGGAGGCCGCGAAGAAGCGGGGUGUAGUGUGCCAGAUCACUUCCGAGGGGAUGAAGAAGCGGGAUGCGAACACGUCUCGCUUUGACCGAAGGACGGAAACGAUCAUGUGGCGUUGCCAGUUUAAUUUUCACGGCCCCGACUUCACCAUUUCUACAGACUGGGGCAACGAACGCCAGCGCCUGGGCGACAUUGUUGCGUACUGUUGGUCCACCAACCCACCGCUGCCGUGUUUCCACAUUAAUAGGCAGUACAACCGCGCUUCAAAGUGGAUUGGAGCGGUGAAGCACAAUGAAGCGGAGGAUGAAAAAUGUGAUGAGAAGGAGGUGAGGAACGCGGAGGAAGAGGGGAAGGAGAAAAGUAUGCACGAGGAACAAGGAGAGGAUGACGAUAAAGUGGAGACCAAAGUUAAGGCCAUUGCAACAUGCGACCGAGUCUUCCUUGACAACCAGCCACAGUGCCAAGAGGAGUGGAGUCCAUGCCAACUCUCCAUCGCCCCACUGUCGUCUAAGGAGGCGUGGAAUGAGGAGGCCGUAAGGGCAUUCAUGGCGAUGGGACCUGCCAUCAUUCUUUCACGGGCCGAGCGUUUAGGCAUGCAGCGAAAGUUUUUUCGUAUGUCACCCUCCAGCACUUUGAAUGAGGCCCUCCGUACUCUUUUUUUUAUUAAUGAGUUCCCUGUCUUUGAUGUCAUUCAGGCUUCCGCGUUGGAGGCGUAUCCGCUUGUCACUGAGGCGGAUAAGGAACUCAUCCGCGAGAGUUUUCGGGCGGCGCCGCGGCCGCCCAAACCGGAGCGCAAGCCACGGCGCACAAAGGCGGAUCUUAGCCCGGAGGAAGCGGCGCGGUAUUCGAAAGUGCCGUGCCGCAUGUUUCUUGCUGGAUGUUGCAAACUCGUCGAGGAGGAAUGCCCCUACUGGCACUGCGAAUACCGAGAGAUACCGGCAUGUCGUAAUUUUGUCAAAUUUGCCUUGUGUGAGAAGGGUGACCGCUGCAGUUUUCGUCACGACCUUGCUGCCGUUGGGGCGGCUCGGAAGCGGGCGAGAGAAGAGCGCCAACACCCGUGCGAGCAGCGGAGCAGGUACCACCGUUGCGAAAAUACCCUCGCCCGCGAUGGUGCCGAGGGGCGAGGGAAUUAA